AUGAGAGCCACCACCGCCUCCACCUCUUUCGGUCUCGGGCAUCUCCGAAGCUUCUCUCGUACUGUCCCAUCCCUUCUUUUCUCUUCCUAUUCCUCACUCUCAUUCACCCUUCACUCUCCUCGUCCAUGCUUUCGACCUCGCACACUCUCCUUAAACCGUCCUCACGCCACAAGCUUCAGCUCAUCACCAGGUGGUUCGAAUUACGACGUUAUUGUCGUUGGAGGGGGACACGCCGGAUGCGAAGCCGCCUUAGCCUCUGCUCGAUUGGGAGCGAGUACUCUUCUCCUUACCUUAAACCUCGAUCGGAUAGCUUGGCAGCCUUGCAAUCCAGCAGUCGGUGGACCAGCAAAGUCACAAUUAGUUCAUGAGGUUGAUGCACUUGGAGGUGAUAUUGGCAAAGUUGCUGACAGAUGCUAUUUACAGAAGCGCAUCCUAAAUGUCUCAAGGGGACCUGCUGUAAGAUCCUUACGUGCUCAGACCGACAAAAGAGAAUAUGCCAUUGAGAUGAAAAAGAUUGUGGAAAGCACUGAAAAUCUCUGUAUUAGAGAGGCAAUGGUAACAGAUAUCCUUGUUGGGAAGAAUGACAACGUGGAAGGCGUUGCCACAUUUUUCGGAAUGAACUUUUAUGCACCUUCUCUAAUUCUCACCACUGGAACCUUUAUGAGUGGGAAGAUCUGGGUUGGUAGAAAGUCUAUGCCAGCUGGAAGAGCUGGCGAGUCAGCUUCACAAGGGUUGACAGAGAACUUGCAGCAACUUGGAUUUGAAACAGAUCGCUUAAAGACCGGUACGCCAGCUCGUGUAGAUCGCCGAACCAUUGAUUUUUCACUCUUGGAGGCUCAACAUGGAGACGAAGAGGUCAGCUGGUUUAGUUUCGACCCAGAUUUUCAUAUUGAGAGAGAGCAAAUGUGCUGCUACUUGACUCGCACGACGGAGUUUACACACCAAUUGAUCAGGGACAAUUUGCAUGAGACCCCAACGUAUGGUGGAUGGGUUGAAGCAAAGGGUCCUAGGUACUGCCCUUCGAUUGAAGACAAGAUUGUUAGGUUCAAAGACAAAGUGUCGCAUCAAAUAUUCCUGGAACCUGAGGGCCGAGAUGUUCCAGAGAUCUAUGUGCAGGGAUUUUCAACUGGUCUGCCGGAGAAUAUCCAGCUGCCACUUCUAAGAAGCUUGCCAGGACUCGAAAAUUGCGCCAUGCUAAGGCCUGCCUAUGCUGUUGAGUAUGAUUAUUUGCCAGCUCAUCAGUGUUCAAGGUCCCUUAUGACGAAGAAAAUUGAAGGUCUUUUCUUCUCUGGUCAGAUCAACGGCACAACUGGUUACGAAGAAGCUGCCGCACAGGGCAUUAUAUCUGGAAUCAAUGCUGCCAGACAUUCUGAUGGUAAGAAGCACGUUGUUCUUGAGAGGGAAAGCAGUUAUAUAGGUACUUUGAUUGACGAUUUAGUCACAAAGGACCUCAGAGAGCCAUACCGCAUGCUAACAAGCCGUUCAGAACAUCGGCUUCUUCUUCGAUUUGAUAACGCGGAUAGUCGACUCACGCCUCUGGGGCGUGAACUUGGAUUGAUAGAUGAUAGACGUUGGAAGUUAUACCAAGAGAAGCAAACAAGGAUUUCAGAAGAGAAGACGAGACUGAAAACUGUCAAGAUUUCAGGUGGAGGAGGUGAAUUGGCUACUGAAGUUACUGAGGUGUCUUCUCAACCAGUCAAAGAAUCAGCUACACUAGAGAGUCUACUGAAGAAACCCCAUGUCCACUACAGCUUACUUGAAAAGCAUGGUUUUGGAAAUGAGACAUUGUCUAGAAUGGAGAAAGAGUGUGUAGAGAUCGGUAUAAAAUAUGAAGGCUUCAUUCAACGCCAGCGAAACCAACUGCAGCAGAUGGCCCAGCAAGAACAUAGACGACUUCCAGAGGAUUUGGAUUACUUUUCAAUGACAACUCUAUCCCAUGAAGGGCGUGAGAAACUAUCAAAGGUGAGACCGCAGACGAUCGGCCAGGCAAGAAGAGUGGGCGGAGUCAGUCCUGCUGACAUAACUGCUCUGCUUAUAACACUUGAAUCGAACCGAAGAAGAAGUGAAGAUAUGAAGAGAGGAAAAAUGUUAGAGCAUGCCUUGGCCGGAUCCAAUCCACACUUGGUAGAAGAUAUGGAGCAUAUGGUUAAAGAGUGA